AAAAAAUUUGAAUAUUGUGCAAAAGUAAUCCCCCCCGCACCAAAUUUAAUUUAAAAAGUGGAACUUUCAUAUAUUCUAGAUUCAUUGCACAUGAAUGAUGAUUACGGGUUACAGCUCAUGGACAUCAAAAAUCCAGUAUCUCAGAAUAUUCGAAUAAAGAAUUUAUAAUACCGAAAUGUCGACCUGAGGAAGAGCUCUAAUCAGCGAAUUCACUCAAAACAUCUGCCGAAGUUUCCUUCUGCAGCUUCUGAAAUGCUCGAGGCAACCUAUCUGGCACCAACAUCCAUGCCACAGUUUAAGUCACUUCAACAAUUCGUCCUCAUGCUGAUCUUUGAUGUGAACGUUAACUGACCUUUGCUUGACCUUUGUCUGCAUGAUCUUAUGCAUUGCACUGCUGCCACGAUUGAAUCAUUGAAUAAAAGUGCAGGUGUACAGGUGCCCUUAAUAAAGUGGACUGUGUGUAUGCAUAUGUAUGUGUGUGUAUGUAUGUAUGUUACUUUGAUGAGGUCUAAUCUGGCCCCCUUUUGAAAAAAGUUUGGACACCCCAAUAUACGAUUUAUAGUAUAUAAUUAUAUAAUAUUAUUAAUAACAUUUAUCCAUUCAUAACUGAUUCACGACUCCUCACUACCACUUAUUUUGGAAAUGCAUAAAAAAAAGUUAGUAAGAAAAUCUGCCUUCUUCCUAUGUCAUAAUUUGUGAUGCUGAACAAUGAAUAUGCUAAUGAGUCGGCGACGUCACCUAGCAGCUUAUGGUGACCUUUUAAACUACUUUCUUCUGAAAACAGUUGUCAGUACUGGAGUGAGUGCUCCUCUCCUCUUCUCUUUUCUUCUCUUCAUUUCCCUCCGGGAGAUAUUUGUCUAGAUUUCCAAGAGCUGAUUUGUGAUUUGAAGCCAUGUCUGGCGGCCCUGCAGCUCCUUCAGCGCCCCCUGCUGGAUUUUAUGACACAGUGCCAGGGUAUGAGGGCACACUGGCCGGUGGAGGAGGAGGGUUUCUUCCUCCCCCGAUACCCUCGGCGCCCCUGCCUGCACAGGACAACCUCCCUGCCCAACCCAACUGGAAUAUAUCUUCUAUUACGGAGGAAGUUGCGCGUGAGGCCUUUGUAAGCUUCUCAUCCAGUAAAUGCUGUUACAGCUCUGCGCCAGCCCGAGAUGGAGUCAUCACCAACUUGGAGCCCUUCAACACCUACAGGUAUCGCUUGGAGACAUUCACCGAGACGAGAUCUACUGAAUGGAGUCAAGAACCGUACACAGGCCAGCCCGUGGAUGCGUUUAUCCAGCCUGCACCAGCACCGUGGGCAAUAACUGCCCAAACACCCAAUUUCUUCCAGGAUCAAACGCAGAACAUCAGAGUGCCAUAUACCUCCUCGGUCAAGAACUGUCAUGUCUGUAUGGGCAUGGGAAGAAAGCCAUGUAAGGAUUGUGCAGGCUCUGGGAAUAAAGUCUGCUGGGUGUGUAACGGUAGUGGGUUUCGCCACGGAACUGACCGCUGCACGCACUGUAACGGCCGUGGAAGAGAAAACUGUACCUGGUGCCACGGACACGGCUCCCGCGAAUGUGAAACGUGUCGAGGGAAGCGUCAGCUCCUCGUCUUCAUCACACUCAAGAUCCAGUGGACUACUACUAAAAAUGAUUACGUGGUGGAGCAGUUGAGCGGUCUGAAAUCGGAGAAUCUCAAUCAGGUCACCGGAAGGGCGAUGUUCACGGACUCCCAGCACAUGCUUUACCCGGUGAUGGGUUUCCCCGACCCUUCGUUGAACCAAGCGUCUGAGCGUUUAAUACGAGAACAUCAAUCCAAAUAUUUCCAGACUUCGCGCAUUCUGCAGCAGCGUCACACCAUCGAGCUGAUCCCCAUCACCCGGGUGCACUACGCUUGGAAAGGGAAGUCCUACCUUUUCUUUGUGUUUGGGAACGAGAACACCGUGUACACUGACGACUACCCGGCCAAAUGCUGCUGCUCGGUCAUGUAAUGCCGUAAUUCAGCAUUUUUACCAGACAAAAACACCAAAUGAAGACCGAUCGUCUUUACACUGUGAUAGUCUUCAUUGAUCUUUACAGUACGCAUGUAUGUAAUUAACAACAUUUAGGGAAUCGAACACAAAUUCUCAGCAAAAUCCUGAAAGCAUCUCGUACAGCUCUUCACGCGAGUUGAACCCUAGCGUUCGCUUGAAAGAGCCGGUUCAAAGAGUCGACUCGUUCACAAACGACACAUCAAUGCUAGCUGGCUACCAAUGUAGGCUAAUCCAGAGGUUCCCAAACUUUUCCAGGGCAAGGCCCCUCGAAUGGCAUUAACAUUUGACUGAGGCCGCCCUUUUGCAAGAUGUCUUUAAAACACAUUAAAAAUACAGACUUCUGAAUAUAUCCCAUUUUUUUAUUAAUAAUUAUAUCUUUACAUUACAUUACAUUACAUUACAUUACAUUAGGAAUUGAUUGUGUGUGUGUGUGUGUGUGUGUGUGUGUGUGUUUGUCUGAGAGUGGGAAAGAGAAAACAUACUAGUGGGAGGGAUGGGCUUAGUGGCUCUGACCAAAUUGUUGAGGCCCUCUGGGCGCCCCCUGGCGGCCCACAAGGGGGCUGCGGCCCACUGGGCUAAUCAGCUGAUUAUUGCAUCCUAGUAGGCUAUAGUCACAUAUCAAGACAAUUCUCUGCUUUUCGUUAACAGUUUCUUCUUGGCAGUCUUUUAGAUUCUCAGCCGCAGUCUGUUCCAUCACUUUUUAACCCGAUUUGUUUCCACUUAAUAUACGUUGAAAUAUUUGGUCCGUCCUAGGAUUUCACAAGCUGUGAAUAUAAACCAUACGGAACUCGUGUUGCCUUUACUUGCCUUAAAUGAAUGCUCCGUCACAAACCACAUACUAUCACGGUAAAUAGUACUCCACUGGCGUAUAUGAAGUUGUGUACUAUUUUGACAUUUUAUUUAGUACAAGUAUUUAGUUUAGUACAUACCAUAUAACCUAUCUCAUUAUUAUUAUUAUUAUUAUUAUUAUUAUUAUUAUUAUUAUUAUCAUCUUUAAAAAAAAAAAAAAAAAGAUGAGCAGCUCUGUAACAUUACUAGUAAUGGGAAAUCUGGCUUGUUUUUAAGCGAGUCAGAUCAUUUGGCUCAGACCGACUCACUCGGCUCUCGAACGGAUCAUUGCCAUCGUUUUUCUUAAUAUUUUGACCAGUGGUUGUUUUUUCUUUGCCUAAGUAUGACCAAAUUGUGCCAUAAAACCUUGCAUUUUAUCAAAUAUAUGUAAUUAAAUGUGAAAUCAGCAAGGUGUGUUUUUUUUAUGUUGUGUGUGUUUUUUUUUGUUUGUUUGUUUGUUUGUUUGUUUGUUUUUAAAAAGGUCAAUGAAAGCAUGGCUGCAUUUAAUGGUUGUGUGCUGCUGUGGCUGUGCUUCAUUUGCUUCAUUUCCAUUUAUCCUGAAGCAUGGAAGCAUUUUGAUAAAAUAUAAUACAUUUUUAAUUAAACGGCAUCAUAAUGGUGUUGUCUACAUCUUUUAAAAAGAAAAAAAUAAACAACUUGCACUAUAUAAGAACCAAAAGUUACCAACUAGUGGCACAAUUAUUUUUUUUUAACAAAAUGUUCAAUUUUAAGCCCUGCAUUUCUUCAGGAUUGUAAUUAAUUGGCCUAAACGUGUGUAUGUAUAUAUAUAUAUAUAUAUAUAUAUACAUACACACACACACACACACACACAUUUGUCUUAUUAUCCUUGCAUAAAAUCUGCUCUACUACCAGAUAGUGCAUGCAUGAAACACAAACAUUGUAUUGUCACACCCAACAUUAAAACUGAUCACAUUAAAUACCAAUCAAGGAUUUCUAACAAUCGUCAUGACAACUAGCAGCACUAAUGCUAGAAAAGGGCUGAAUAUUAUUGUAUGGUUAUAAAUGAUACUUAGUAGCUCAUUAAUUAUCCGUGUUGAAUGUGUUGUAUUAGUCAUUUUAAUUCUGUUUAUUAGUCUCCGGCGUCUUAACCAGUGUACUGAUUUUAUAAUAUUUACAUUUACACAUUUGUGUGAUGCUUUUAUCCAAAGUGGCUUGCAGUUAAGACCGGAUGAAGGUGAGCGUUUGUGUGUUAAUGGUCUUGUUCAGGAUCCAGCCAUAUAUAUGGUUACUGCUUAUAUAUGAGGCGGCUGUGGUUCAGGCGGUAGAGCGGGUCGUCCACUAAUCGUAGGGUUGGCGGUUCGAUUCCCGGCCCACGUGACGCCACAUGCCGAAGUGUCCUUGGGCAAGACACUGAACCCCAAGCUGCACCCGAUGGCAAGCUAGCGCCUUGCAUGUGAAUGCGCGAAUGAGAACCAGUGUCAAGCGCUUUGGAUAAAAACUCUAUAUAAGUGCAGACCAUUUACUGCUUUCCAAUCAAUAGCCAAAAAGUUCUUUGUUUUGUCUGUGUUGACCGACUUGAAAUCAGUUAAAUAUGAGGUCUCCGGUUUUUUUUCAUCAAAAACAUGUCAAAGUUGCACUAUUAUUAGCACUCGCACCGCAGCGCUGUUAAAUUCUCGAUCCUGAUCGGUCCAAAAAGCCGAUUCUGGUGACGUUUUCAGAAAGGAGGCAUUUUUUUUGUUUAGCAUGUAGGGAAGGAGUCUCCAGUGUCGGUGGUUUGUAGCAGUCAGAGGUAAAGCUGGAUGUUUUCAGACACAGGAAAGCCUUUAGAACAGAGGAGUUCAUGCAUUAUGGUUCCUCGGCAACAUGACAUGAUGAUUUUUUUAAUUUAUUUUUUAUAACAGAGAGAAAAAAAUAUUACAGCUGUUUUAUUAUAUCUGUGGUAUAAUAGAAAUAAAGAACUUUGGAACAUUAUCGAUUUGCAGGUGAUUGCACAGGUAAUUCCACUUCAUCACACCACCCCGACAUUGAUUAUUUUCCUACAGCAGCAUGGCCAAAGUGAUUUAUUCCUUACUUGAUGAUCUACUAGUGUCCUUUUUGUAUUGUGAACUUUCUUAUAAAUAAAUGUAUUCUUCAUUGUG